UGAAAGUGGCUCUAAUCCGUACAAAUUAAAAUGUGCUUGCCUAGGUAUUUAGAAUCAACAUUAUCCAGUCUAGUUUUUCGGGAAAAUGUCAUGUGAUCCACGCAUUUGGUGAAUUUUAGGGCCAUUUAAUGAAUUGUGAAGCAAGGAUUUAGUGAAAUUAUUUUUUAACCCGCGGUAACGGCAACACUGAUGCUCAUGUUGAUUUAUGUUGAUUGUUGAGCAAUAUAGGUUAUCAUCAGAUACAUGAAUCUCGUUUAUUGCCUGUUUACGUAAUACGAGCAGUUUCGUGGGACAUUCUCAUCCGCGCACGUUGAUACAUUCCGGACGGCAUGGCAAAGAAUUUGAGCGCAAAAAUUGGCCCGUCGAUUUUAAACAGUGAUCUGGCACAAAUUUAUGAAGAGUCGCAAAAGUUAUUGGAUAAUGGCGCGGAUUACUUGCACCUAGAUGUGAUGGAUGGUCAUUUUGUUCCAAAUCUAACGUUUGGUCAUCCGAUCGUCAAGUGUCUUCGUAGUAAAAUAAAAGAUGCUUUCUUCGAGACACACAUGAUGGUAUCCAAACCGGAGCAGUGGAUUGAACCCAUGGCCAACGCUGGUGUAGAUCAGUACACAUUCCACGUGGAGCCAGUAGAGGAUGUUCCUUUAGUUUGCAGGAAAGUGAAGGAAGCAGGAAUGAAGGUUGGUGUGGCACUCAAGCCAGGAACACCUGUGGAUGUGGUGACAGAUUAUGCGGAUUUAGCAGAUAUGAUUUUAGUGAUGACUGUGGAACCUGGUUUCGGUGGACAGAAAUUUAUGGAACCAAUGUUAAAGAAAGUUGCAUGGUUAAGAGAGAAUUAUCCUGAACUAGAUAUCGAAGUUGAUGGUGGAGUUGGACUAGCUACAAUUGAAGCUUGUGCAAAGGCUGGUGCCAAUAUGAUCGUAUCUGGCACAUCUGUUAUAAAUUCUGCUGAUCAAGCUAAAGUAAUAACGACACUUAGAGACACAGUAAAUUGCUAUUUGGGACACAAUCAUUCAACACAGCGGUGACAACUGAGGAUACUGGAAAUAUACAAAGCAUUUCUGCGAUAAAUUUGGCAUUUUAUAUAU